AUGACCAUUCCGGAAGAUGUCGUGGGCCGAGUUCGAAAUGCCUCAUCGGUGCGGGUGAACUGCGCGCGAGGCCCCGCGGCCGUACUGUGGGUGCAGAGCCCCCACCACCCGCUCCUUCACCGGGAAGCGCAUACGGGGGGCCGCUCUGGAAGUCACCUGGGAACCGCGUCCCAGCACCGCUUGCCGCCCGCAGCCCCUGGGGUCUACGCUGACAUGAGCCGCUUCUGCGGCCAGUGUGGGACGCCAGCCUCGGUGACGGGUUCCCUCGGAGACAUGGAGUCCAGAGAGGAGGUCCAGGCCACGGACGCCAGCCUUGCAGAGCGGGAGGCCGCGGCGCCCGAGCCCCGGAGCCCUUCCAGCGCAGGGAUGCUCCCCGCCCCCGACGUGCUGCUGCUCAUUGUCAUCUUUGCCGUCAUCCUCACGGUCGCACGUUGCCCGGGGAUGCAGCCAGGACUCGGCGGCCUGUCUCAGCCCUCUCUGAGCCUCCGUGUCCGCAUCUGCGGGCCGGACGUUAAGUCACCCCCACCGCCACCACCCCCCACAUCCCCAGGAGGCCCCGAGGAGACUGAGGGGACGGAGCCCGGGCCCCGGGAGGAAGAGGAGGAGGAGUCGGGCAGCCCCUGGAGCGGGCCAGAUACGGACUCGGGGGCAGUGGGCGGCAAUGGGCAGAUAUGCGGCUGCGCCAACCGCCGCAGCGGCACCGCCUAUCAUGCCCGCACAGGCCACGCUAUCGCCCGCCGGGAAGCCAGGGGGGCCCAGGGGGCUCUUAUCUCCCUGUGUCGGCCUGGGGCACCGGGGCUUCGUGGGCGGCGGCGGAGCGCGGGACCACCCUCUCCAAGCCAGGCCCUGCGGGCGGAGCCCGGGGCCCACCCACAGCCCGAGCCCGCUCCCCCGUCCACGGUGCCACACAGUCCUGACCUGGGCCACGGCUGCACCCCGGAAACACCCCGUGAGGAGCAGGGGGAGCCCUCGCUCUCCAGCCGUCCCGGCGGCGGCCCUGUGGCCUGGGGCAUCCACCAACCCCUGGAGCCCGACGCCCCCUCCGUGAACAGCCACAGGCACGCUGGGGAGGACGGGUUGGCACUGCACAAGCGUAGCACCGUGGCUGUGGCUGGCGCCAUCGCUGUUACGAGUGCCAUCACUGUCACGGCCCGCUGGCACGCGGACAGGCCCGGCUGCCGGCUGUCCCCUCUCUCUGGAGACCCGGGGCCUGCCGCGCCCCAUUCUGGGCCCAGGAGGGAAACCGAGGCGUCGCUGCCGGUGCUGACGGCAGUCAUGGGUGCAGGGCCUCGCGUCUGUGCUGUUCGUCACGGGGUCACCCCUCAGCCCCAGGGAGUGGGCUGGAAGGAGGGCAGGAGGACACUGUGGCCCGGUGGUGGCAGUAUCGCCGUAGUCUGUGUGGUCCACGACGUCCUCACGGGCACCUGCGUCAGCACCCGCUGCUGCCCCCAGUGGGGCCAGGCGCUUGCUGGGCCAGGCGGGACGGGCCCUGCCCACGGUGGGAGACUCGGGGUGUGCAGCCGCCGAGAGGCCUGGACAGGCCGCGAGUCCCUGAGCUCCGGGGUGACUGGAAGGGUGUCAGGCCCCAUCGCGGAGGAGCCGCCGUCUGCCCCUGGGCAGCGGCUGCACCGCACACUCCAGGCCCAGGCGGGGGUUGUGCUCCCCUCCACGCCCACUGCCCCUUGCGGCCUCUCUGUGGACGGCAGCCUGCGAGCCACCAGCAGUGAGGAGGCGGAGCCCGAGUGGCUGUGCCCUCCCCGGGGUCACAGGUUCAGGGAGGUGAGAACAGAUGCGGGAGGCGGCGGCACGGGCCACGGGUGCCCGUCCUGUGCCCGGCGGGAACAGCUGCCCUCUCUCCCAGGCCGUUCCCCCUCCAAACACAGCGCUAAAUCCGCGAUGUUGGGGACACAGCUGUCGGUGGCCCGGCCCCGAGUGGCCAACAGUCCAGCCAGGAGACAGAGAGUAAAAUCGAGGCGUCCACUCCAGGGCUCCCUCGGAGGCGACGAGCUGGAGCCGGUGAUGCAGGACGGCCGGAAGCACGUGCGGGCCCGACUCAGCCUCGCCGCGGGCCUGUGCUGGGGCCCAUUCGCCGGGAACGUCCAGACCAGAGCCUCGUCGCCCCGGCAGGCAGAACCGAGCCCAGCCCUGACCCUGCUGCUGGCGGAUGAGGCCUGCUGGCUGAGGACGCUGCCCCAGGCCCUGACCCAGGCCGAAGCCAACGCGGAGAUCUACAGGAAGGAUGACGCCCUCUGGUGCAGGGUCACCAAGCCGGUGCCCGCAGGUGCACUCCUGAGUGUGCUCCUCACCACCGAGCCCUGCGGCAUCCCCAGCCACCCCGUGAAGAAGGAGCCGGCAGAGCCCGCGUGCCCAGCCCCCGCGCACAGCGACAUCCAGCUCCUGCCCCAGCAGGCCGGGAUGGCGUCCAUCCUGGCCACGGCCGUCGUCAACAAGGACGUCUUCCCCUGCAAGGACUGCGGCAUCUGGUACCGGAGCGAACGCAACCUCCAAGCCCACCUCCUCUACUACUGCGCCAGCCGCCAGAGCGUCGGCUCCCCGGCCGCGGCGGCCGCGGACGAGAAACCCAAGGAGACCUACCCCAACGAGCGCGUCUGCCCCUUUCCGCAGUGCCGCAAAAGCUGCCCCAGCGCCAGCUCCCUGGAGAUCCACAUGCGCAGUCACAGCGGGGAGCGGCCGUUCGUGUGCCUGAUCUGCCUGUCGGCCUUCACCACCAAGGCCAACUGCGAGCGGCACCUCAAGGUGCACACGGACACGCUGAGCGGUGUUUGUCACAGCUGUGGCUUCAUCUCCACCACAAGGGACAUCCUCUACAGCCACCUGGUCACCAACCACAUGGUCUGCCAGCCUGGUUCUAAGGGUGAGAUCUACUCGCCAGGGGCCGGACACCCCGCUGCCAAGCUGCCCCCAGACAGUCUGGCCAGCUUCCAGCAGCACCCGGCCCUGCACAGCCCGCUGGCCUCCGCUGACCUGGGCCUGGCGCCCAGCCUAUCGCCAGGACUGGACAGGAAGGCCGUGGCCGAGGCCACCAACGGAGUGGUCCCCCAGAAUGGGGGCAGCAGCGAGUCCCCAGCAGCCCCCAGGAGCAUCAAGGUGGAGGCUGCGGAAGAGCCGGAGGUGGCCCGCGCCCCUGGCGAGCCAGGGCCCCAGGCCCCAUCAAGGACACCGUCGCCGCGAAGCCCCGCCCCGGCCAGGGUGAAGGCCGAGCUGUCCAGCCCCACGCCGGGCUCCAGCCCAGUGCCGGGGGAGCUGGGGCUGGCCGGGGCCCUCUUCCUGCCGCAAUAUGUGUUUGGCACUGACGCUGGCGGGGCGCCCCCAGCCUCGGAGAUCCUGGCCAAGAUGUCCGAGCUGGUGCACAACCGGCUGCAGCAGGGCGCUGGGGGUGCGCAGGCCGGCCUCUUCGCGGGGGCCCCCAAGGGCGCCACGUGCUUCGAGUGCGAGAUCACCUUUAGCAACGUCAACAACUACUACGUGCACAAGCGCCUCUACUGCUCCGGCCGCCGCGCGCCCGAGGACGCGCCCGCCGCGCGCAGCUGCAGCCCGCGGCCCGGCCCGCCCCCAUCGCCGCCGCCGCCACCGCCCUCCCUCUCGGACAAGGGCGUGCAGACCCCGGGCAAGGGCGCGCCGGUGCCCGUGCCCAACGGCAACCACAGGUACUGCCGUCUGUGCAACAUCAAGUUCAGCAGCCUGUCCACCUUCAUCGCCCACAAGAAGUAUUACUGCUCCUCGCACGCCGCCGAGCACGUGAAGUGA